UUUUACUGGGUUGAGUUGCUGUCCUUGCUGCGCCUGUGACUCUGCGGAAGAGUGAGAAAGUGUGAUUUCUGGCCGGUGUUCUUGGUUUUUGUGCUUCUAGUAUUGAUUUUCUGAAGUAAAACGCUAAACCGAAAUUUUACAUAAAUCUGACAGAAUGGUACGUGGUGGACGUGGUGGAAUGAUAAGGGGAGGGCGAGGAGGAAUGGGACGUGGAAUGGGAUUCCCCAGGAAACAGUUUCUUCCGCGUCAUCCGUUCGACCUGACCCUCUGCGAAGCAGCCUUUACACGAGUGAAAGCCGUUCCCGACGAAGCAGAUUUCACGACCGCCCUUCUCAAAAAGUCUACCGACAUGAGUCCUACACCAAAGGAACAGACCUCAAUUUUAAAUCUUGUAACCAAGCUGCAAAGCGUCCUGGACAACUUGAUCGUCGCACCCGGCACAUUCGAAGCUUGCCAAUUGGAGGAAGUUCGUCAGGUUGGAAGUUUCAAGAUGGGAACCAUGAUCAAGGGUCACAACAUAGCUGACAUUGUCGUUAUUCUGAAAACUCUGCCAACCAAAACGGCCGUGGAAGCCCUCGGAACUAAAGUUCAGACUGAUCUCAAGACUGGGAAUCCCAAGGAGACAUUCAGGCUAACUCAGACUGAACGAGGCUUCGACAUUGCCAAUAAUGAAGCCACUGUUCGAGUUCUCAUCACUACUCUUCACCAAAAUUUAAGGAAACUCGAGUCUGAUCAGCAUCUCGACAUCAAAAUUUGCCAAGGUCACCUGGCAGCAAUCAGACACUCAAGGUGGUUCGAGGAAAACGCACAUCACUCGAGUAUCAAAGUUCUGAUUCGUCUGCUGAGAGACUUGCGCGUCAGAUUCGAGGGACUGGAGCCGCUCUCUCCGUGGAUGUUGAAUCUCCUGGCUCACAAUGCAAUCAUGAACAAUCCGAGCAGACAGGCUCUGCCGAUCAAUCAAGCCUACCGAAGGGUACUUCAACUCCUCUCCUCUGGACUCUUCCUUCCGGGAUCUGCAGGAAUUUCUGAUCCCUGCGAGGGAGGAAACAUCAGAGUGCACACAGCGAUGUCCCUGGAGCAGCAAGACCUGGUUUGCCUGACGGCUCAGACUCUGCUGCGAGUUCUCGCUCACGGCGGAUACAGACCUCUGCUCGAAGGCACCAACAAAUUGGCGGUGGAGAUGAGCGUCUGGGCCGGAGGUGUGGUCGCGAGUCCCCUUGAAAAGGCCUACGAGCCGCCGACCGAGGCCGAGCAGCAGCAGCAGGAGGACAUGGAGGAGGCCAACGAGGAGAUGAUAACUGGAUAAUUGGAUGAGCCAGUCACACUUUUGUACUCGAGUGAAUUAUGGAAAAAGAAAAAGAAAAAGAAUUGUGUGUCGUGAAUCUUUAUUACAAAUUGAACUACUUUAUUGACAAUUUAAGUACAGUAACCGCCGUAACG